UCAUUCGAAGAGUUUCAGAUCUUUGUUGAAAUAGUUCAAUCUACAAAAAUGGGAGGUGGAUUUAGAGUGCUCCAUUUGGUUCGGCCCUUUCUUUCAUUCCUGCCCGAGGUUCAGAGUGCAGACAGAAAAGUUCCUUUCAGAGAGAAGGUUAUAUACACUGUAAUAUCCCUGUUUAUUUUCCUGGUCUGCAGUCAGCUGCCAUUAUAUGGCAUACACUCCACAACAGGUGCAGAUCCAUUCUAUUGGAUGCGUGUUAUUCUUGCCUCAAACAGGGGGACGGUGAUGGAGCUUGGAAUCACACCCAUAGUGACCUCUGGACUGGUUAUGCAACUCUUAGCGGGAUCAAAGAUCAUUGAAGUUGAUAACAACGUGCGAGAGGAUCGAGCCCUUUUAAAUGGUGCUCAGAAGUUGUUGGGCAUCUUGAUAGCAGUUGGGGAGGCUGUUGCAUACGUUCUUUCUGGAAUGUAUGGUAGUGUUAGCCAACUUGGAGUUGGGAAUGCAAUCCUUAUUAUUCUGCAACUUUGCUUUGCUGGUAUUAUUGUAAUUUGCCUGGAUGAACUUCUCCAGAAGGGAUAUGGUCUGGGCUCUGGUAUUUCACUCUUCAUCGCAACCAAUAUUUGUGAAAACAUCAUCUGGAAAGCAUUUAGCCCAACCACCAUCAACAGUGGGCGUGGAGCUGAAUUUGAAGGUGCUGUUAUUGCAUUAUUCCAUUUAUUGAUAACUCGGACAGACAAGGUUCGGGCUUUGCGAGAGGCAUUCUACCGGCAGAAUCUUCCCAAUGUUACUAACUUGCUCGCCACAGUCUUGAUCUUCCUUAUUGUCAUUUACUUCCAAGGGUUCCGUGUUGUUUUGCCUGUGAGGUCAAAGAAUGCUCGUGGACAACAGGGUUCAUAUCCAAUUAAGUUGUUCUACACUUCCAACAUGCCUAUUAUUUUACAGUCUGCACUUGUAUCCAACCUCUACUUUAUUUCCCAGUUGCUGUACAGGAGAUACAGUGGAAAUUUUCUUGUGAACCUUUUGGGGAAGUGGAAGGAAUCUGAAUACUCUGGUCAAUCCGUCCCUGUUGGGGGUCUUGCUUAUUAUAUAACUGCACCAUCAAGCUUGUCAGAUAUACUGGCCAAUCCUUUCCAUGGACUAUUUUAUAUUGUGUUUAUGCUGUCAGCAUGUGCUUUAUUCUCAAAAACAUGGAUUGAGGUCUCAGGAUCCUCAGCUAAAGAUGUUGCUAAGCAGCUGAAGGAACAACAAAUGGUGAUGCCUGGACAUCGAGAAUCCAAUUUACUUUUGGCAGAUCUUAUGGGGGCAAUUGGUUCCGGCACCGGUAUUCUGCUCGCGGUCACCAUCAUAUAUCAGUAUUUUGAGACAUUCGAGAAGGAGAAGGCCAGUGAGCUUGGUUUCUUCGGUUUCUAA